AGGUGGUUUCUUUAUACAUUUCCUUUCAGAAAACUUAAUGCAUAUUAUUUGGAGCUUGUGAGCUUGAAGGCUAUAAGUUGUGGUGGUUUCUGUAAAUCUUAACCGCCUGAACACAUAGAGGCCUGUUUUUGAGCAAGGAUGAAAUGGCUCCUCGGGAUUUGUACUUUAUGGCUGUUGAUGGUUGCGGUUUUGGCACAGAGGAAUUUCAAUGUUGUAUCUUCACAGAAGAAUUUCAAUGUUUUAUUGCCACAGAAAAAUUUAAAUGUGGUACCAGCAAAGAAUGUCAACCAACGAACAGGCCUGGAAACUGAAUGUCUGGGAAGUCAUAUGAGGCUUACCGUAGAUAAAUCUCUAGCUUUUGGAAGUCAGGUUGAAUUUGAUGCUGUCAAUGGCUCCCAAAUUCAGCCUUUAACUCCAAGCCUGGCUGCUAAAUGUGGCUUUAGUAUAGAGUCUGAUCCUUGGGGUAAUUAUAAAGUCUUUGCAUCCCUCCUCAACUGUUUUGCAGGGAAUGAGGAUGAUGCCAUGUUUGACAUUGAAAUGCGUGUCCGAGUACGUGGUGUCCGCAAAGCGGAGCAAGAUGUCUUUCAGGUGGAGAAGACCUGUAAUUACGACCAGUGGGCCCCCCGUGAAAUUCUUUGCGAUCGGAAUUAUAUGGAGGUUUCCGUUAACCGAUUGCCGGGGGAAAUUACAGCCUUGCGUAGACGGCCUAAGAUGACAGAAGCACAAAAGUUUGAUGACCAGUGGACCGAUACGGUUACUGAGGCUAUUACCUCCAAAUACAACAUCUGGAGGAUGGUGUUUUUCACACCUAAACAAAAAGCCAUGGUGCUGGAGGAUGCCCUAAAAACAGGAUAUGGGGUAACAACAACCAAGUCUCGACUGGUGCUACGAAGUGGUUAUGACAUGCCAGAGACCUAUGUGGAAAACGUAAAUGGAGUGCCAAUGAAGAUCAUUAGGGUGACCACCUACUUCAAGAAACAGUGGUCCGUAACCAUGUUGGAUACUGUUGCUGCAUGUCCAACUGGUGGGCUUUCUUUUACGGAUGAAAUGAUCACCUGGUUCUUCCCUCGAUUUAAUCCACUCAUGGGUUCUCCCGAGAGCACUAUUCUUGGGAUGUUCAUGGGAAUAGAUGGAAAGAGGAUCGAUUCAGCACAAAUGACCGCUAGAGGCUAUGUCUUGACCAUAGUAGACAAUCAGAUUGUAAUGAAAAUACCAAUCGGUGGACCCGAUGGCUACUACAAGAGCCAUGUUGUAAGUAACCAGUACCACAUCAGAUACACCAUUGAGGCAAUGCUGGAGUUAAUGUGGAGUGAGGGCGGCAUGGAUGCUACUAGAUACAAAGUCCUCUUCCCCAUCAAGACUCCUCUUAUGCCUAGACCACCGCAACUUGUUGACUUCACUGAUGUGGACCAACGGAUGUUUGAUGUGCUCUUGGGUACUUUCCUUUUUGAUGUCGAGUUGGUGAACAUCACCUUUUCCGGCGGAGUCCUUACUGUGGCAGAGGCCAACCAGAGGGGCUUCAACAUACAGGAACAGCGCUUUCAAAAUGGCUCCAAGGCGUUUCGACUUCAAGUUCCCUUCUCUGAUCUUUUUGUUGUUAAAACACAAGUUGAUCUACUUGUUACGGUUUAUACUCUUCCCCUCAUCUACGGUUUUGUGAUCCUCCCUGAAUACACUCCAUUCUCCUAUGUUGCAUCUGUUGCUGUAACUCUUCAAGAUGUCAUUCUCCCAACUGUGGGUGGAUCCUGUGACGAUGAGAAGUUCCACAUCACCAUUUCAUUUGGAAGUCUGGGUAAGACCUUUAACAUAAUGCUGGGUACGCGAGACCUGACUCCUGACCGGAGCGCAAAGUAUGGCGCAAACGAGAAUGCCACUCACAUGAGUUUCGCUGUGCCUUUCCUGGCAUCUGAUGUUGCCUUUGAGCUGAUGUACCCAUCAUCCUUGAGGGCACGUCUUGAUGUGGUGUUAUGGGAGCCCAUCAACACAUGGACUUUAAGUGACUUUUCCCUGGCUUGCAAUUUUCCCAUGACCUUGACUGAGUGUUUCAGCAAUGGCUCCAUGUCAGCCCUUGCCGUGAAGGUAGAAUCUGUGCCCCAGCUUGUCCCUCGUCAGCUUACCCUGAGAGACCCCUCUUGCAGACCCAAAUUCAGCAAUGACCGUUUUGCUUACUUCUCAUUUGACGCAAACAGUUGUGGAACCACUAGAACGUUCUAUGAUGGCAUUAUGAUGUACCAGAAUGAAAUUGCUCUGGGUAACGGGUUACCAGUUUACCAGCCGAUUAAAAAAGGAGUACCCACUAGUCCUCCUGAUCCAGAGUAUCGAGUGACCAUGUCCUGCUUUUACACUCUAAAUGAUACCCAGACGAUUGCAUUCUUCACAAAGCCGCGGGAAAGUGAACCUUUGCCAGAGACUGGUUUUGGGGAGCUGCAAGUUGUACUAAGACUUGCUUGGGAUGAAUCUUAUAAUAAUUACUACAUAGAGGGGGAUUAUCCAGUUGUACAGUACUUGAGAAGUCCUCUGUUCUUUGAGGUGGUGCUACUUCAGUCCACAGAUCCUCAGAUAGAGCUAGUCUUGGAGAACUGUUGGGCUACUCUGAAACAAGACCGGAACUCUACUCCGAGAUGGGACUUGAUUGUAGAUGGCUGUGUGAAUCUGGGUGACCGUUACGAGACCAUUUUCCACCCUGUCCAACCUGAAGCUGUUCUGUACCCUUCUCACAUGAAGCGCUUUGAAAUCAAGAUGUUUACUUUUGUGCAGAAUGAGGUCAUUCUUCAAGAUCAGAUCUUUGUGCACUGUGAUGCUGUGCUUUGCGAUAUUAAUCAGAAUGAUGGAAUCUGCAGGAGACUCUGUCCAUCUCCCAUUCCUUUAAAAACUGGAAAGAAAGUGCGACGAGACACUAGUGAUGUCCAGUUUCAGAGAGCAAAGCUGUCAUCAGGAAAAAUACUGCUUUCAAGCUCUUAGUAUGGUUUUGGUGCUCAGUCUUAAUAAAGUCUCCUUCAAAAAGC